AUGCAGAUUCAACUCCUUCCCACUCUGGGACUCAUUCUCUCCCUCUUCACAGCAGUGGCGCAAGCAAACGUGGAAAAGACCAUUUUCCUAGCUCCAGCACCGGCAACCGUUCCUUCUGGCGAGCCAGAUCUAGACGACCUAGGCCUGGAGCGUUUAUCACCACAGAGGCCCGUGGUGCGCACUCAUCUCAAUGCAACAUUCCCAACGACAGCCGCCCCCGACGGUACAGACUCGUGGUUCUUCCUUGAAAACCUGAACCCAGGCCAGCGGUAUGAACAACCGACAAAAUUCACCCUCACCACCUACUCGCUCUCAAAAACCAUCUCAGACACGAAUCUCCUGUCUUCGCUGAGCUUGUACACAGCAAACCGACUCGCUACACUAGACCCCAAGCUCCAGGGAAAUGUCAUCCCACGCCGUGCUAAUCUACGCAGUAGCAAAGAUCCGCUCGACCCUGCGCCGACCAGUGACUCGGUCCUGUUUCUGCAUGUGCAGGCCACAGCAGAUUAUUUUAGCACCGAUCAGGCAUUGAUGCAGAAUGUUCCACCCGUAGCGGUGGAUUUGAUUCUUGAUCCAUUUUUGUUGAAUGUUUUCCCACGCUCGUUGGUGCCGACUGCUGGGUGGAUUGUGCUUGUUGCUCUUUUUGCGGCAGUGCUGGGGAGAUGGGUGGUGAAGGAGGUUGGGAGAGCAGUGGAUGAUGCUAGAAGGCAAAGUGUUUUGGAGGAGAUGAAGAAGAAAUGA